AUGGCGCCGAUAUCUCAAGUUUACCCCAGAAUAUUGACACGGUGGAGAUUGAUCUCUCCGAUCGUGAACUCUGGUCGCUACUCCUUAAUUGGUCACGAUGGUAUCACGCUUCAGCACCAACUUAUCAAUGUGAUUUCGAAGACAGAUGUCCGUUUGAUUGUUCCAUCGAAGUUUGGGUCCCAAUACAAUGACCAGGGAGACCUCAUUACAGUCAACCACGAAAAGAUCGAGGUCAGCGAGCGGCUCAAAAAGCUGGAGUUUCCAUAA